GCGGGGCCGCUGGGUCCGCGCGCUGUGGCGGCGGCCGGCGUGGAGGGACCCCGGACGGGCGCAGCUGAGGGAGCGCGGCGGAAAGUGGGCAGGGGUAGACGGCUGCGGCGGCUGCGGCGGCGGCAGCGGCAGCGGCAGCCCCAGGGCUGCCCGCGGCCCGAGGUCCAGCGCAGGGCCUGAGAAUGAGGUUGGGAUACCCGGGGCCAGCGGAAGGCCCACGACCCGGUGCGGGACGCGGUGCCCUCCGGCUUUCACAGACCUCCUCCCUGUGGACGCCACGGAAGGAAGGACCUAACGACCUCAGUGCCUCCCUCCAUAGCGAUGUCGGAGCUCAGCGAUGAAGCCAGUGAGCCGGAGCUGCUGAACCGCAGCUUGUCCAUGUGGCAUGGGCUGGGUGCGCAGGUCAGCCGGGAGGAGCUAGCCGUCCCCUUGGAUCUUCACACAGCUGCUUCCAUUGGCCAGUAUGAAGUGGUGAAGGAAUGUGUGCAGCGGAGAGAGUUAGAUUUGAAUAAGAAGAAUGGUGGUGGCUGGACCCCGCUGAUGUAUGCCUCCUACAUUGGACACGAUACCAUCGUGCACCUGCUGCUCGAGGCGGGGGUGAGUGUGAAUGUGCCGACCCCGGAAGGGCAGACUCCGCUGAUGCUGGCUUCCAGCUGUGGCAACGAGAGCAUCGCCUAUUUCCUCCUCCAGCAAGGUGCUGAGCUAGAAAUGAAGGACAUUCAAGGCUGGACUGCCCUCUUCCAUUGCACCAGUGCUGGGCACCAGCAGAUGGUCAAGUUCCUUUUGGACAGUGGAGCGAACGCCAAUGUGAGGGAGCCCGUAUAUGGAUUCACUCCUUUGAUGGAAGCGGCUGCUGCUGGCCAUGAAAUAAUCGUGCAGUAUUUUCUGAAUCAUGGAGUCAAAGUGGACACAAGAGACCACAGUGGAGCCACAGCCCGGAUGCUGGCCAAGCAGUAUGGACACAUGAAGAUUGUGGGGCUGAUAGAUGCUCACUCACCUUCUCUGCCUAAGAGCCUCUACCGGAGCCCAGAAAAAUACGAAGAUCUGAGCUCUUCAGAUGAAUCCUGCCCUGUCCCUCAGAGACAGAGGCCCUGUCGGAAGAAGGGCCUCAGCAUCCACGAGGGGCCGCGAGCCUUGGCCAGGCUCACAGCUAUUGGACUCGGAGGCAGGAUACAGCAGCCUUGCUAUGAACAGGUGCCUCCACGGGGCUACGUCACCUUCAACAGCAGCGAUGAGAACCCCCUGGAAGAGGGGGGCCUCUGCUACAGGGACGUCACCUCCCCCAUCAAUGAGCGGGAUGUGGAGAGCAGCAGCAGCAGCAGCCGGGAAGAGCACGCCUUCUGUGCCCACCUCGGGGCCGCGAGGAGCAGCAGCAGCAGUGAGGGCCUGGCCCGGGCCCCGGAACUCAGCAGCGAGGCCUCCCUGGAGAGCAACGAGGAUUCGGAUCAUGCGCGGAAAAGCUCGGUUCGCAAACAAACUAAAAGCUACGUGAAGACCAAGAAUCGUUACAGCAGCAGCGACAGCCAGUGGCCUCCUGGCACCGGGACUUCCUGUGCCCCAAGAUUGAUCCCCCAGACUGACAGGUCCCCCUACUCAGGACCCCAGGACCUCGCCACACUGCUGGAGCAGAUUGGCUGCCUCAAAUACCUGCAGGUGUUUGAGGAGCAGGACGUGGACCUCCGCAUCUUUUUGACCCUCACUGAGAGCGACCUGAAGGAAAUCGGCAUCACGUUGUUUGGGCCCAAGAGAAAGAUGACCUCUGCCAUCGCCCGCUGGCACAGCAGCGCCCGCCCCCCCAGUGAUGCCUUGGAGCUGGCCUACGCCGACCGGCUUGAAGCCGAGAUGCAGGAGCUUGCCAUCCAGCUGCACAAACGCUGUGAGGAGGUGGAGGCCAUGCGGGGCCUGGUGUCACAGGAACAGGAGCUGCGGGCCGUGGUGGAAAGCUGCCUCCUGGAACAGGACGGCGCCCGCAAGGACGUCCAUGCACAGUUGCAGGAGACCUGGGCCCUGGCCCGGGACGCUGCGCUUGUCCUGGACCAGCUGCAGGCAGACCAGGCAGCAGAGGGGCCCCGUGUGGGUCUUUUCUCUGCCCGGGCUGCACAGGCACAGGCUGGCAGGGCGCACAGGGCAGAGCCCCGCCUCACACUCUGGGAGAAGGGUGUCUGCGAUCGCCUGGCCUCUCCCCUCACCAGCGAUUGGUUCUCGUGUCCGGCAGAGCCUGUCAAGCUGAGCUGUCCGCCCGAGUGCAGCAGGAUGAAUCCCCGCUCGGGGCCAUGCUGGGCCCAGGCCUCCCCACAGCUGACUCCAAAGGCUGGCAGGCCGCCUUGCAGGCCCUGAGCCUCCCUCAGCUGUCGGGAGCCCUGGAGGAUCGAGUCCGGGAGAUGGGGCGAGUGCUGUGCUUAGUGACCCAGAGCCUGGAGAAGCUGCAAGUGCUGAACGGGAAGGAGAACUGGCGGGAGCCUUAGCCAGGGGGACG